CACCUAGGAGUAUUAAUUAUUUUACUAAUUAUCCAUGAAUUUCUGCAUAAUGGUUUGACUUAAAUUUCCUCAUUUUCUCCUAUCAAACUGAGUGGGCGGAGCUGAAGUGCAACGUCAUGUUUUCGCAAUUGAGCAGUCGUGUGAUUCAGCAGUAACACUUCCCAUCUGUAUCAGCACCUUCAGCACAUUAUGGCUAUGUAUAAAUGAGGCACGAUGAUCAGAGUCACAAGUCCCAAAACGCAACAACCGUCAAGAGGCUCUAUUCAUUACAACAUACAGUAUUCAGAUGGCGACCAAGAAGAGCACAAGGAAAUAUGACAUGGGUGAAGUUGGCAGUGAUUUAUCAGAACAGAUUAAAGAAGCCACAAAGGACAAUCACUUAAAAGCUGAAAAUACAGAGCUGAUGCUGAGUUACCAAAGAGGAGAGAUCACCCUGCCACAGUACAAGCUCCUGCUGUGUUCCCUCCAUGAGAUCUACAAGGUGUUAGAAGAGGAACUAGAUAAGAAUUGUUCCCAUCCAGCGGUCGCACCGAUAUACUUCCCUCAGGAACUUGAUCGCCUGGAAUCCCUGGAGAAUGAUCUGGAGCAUUUUUUGGGCCCCGAUUGGAGCGGGAAAGUGAUUGUUCCCGCAGCAACACACAGAUACACUCAGAGGUUACGAGAGAUUGGUAAAGAUAAUCCUGGACUGCUGGUGGCCCACGCCUACACUCGAUAUCUCGGGGAUCUGUCAGGAGGACAAGUCCUAGGAAAAAUUACCCAGAAAUCUCUCAAACUGACAGGCAAAGAAGGCCUUUCAUUCUUCUACUUCCCUGCUGUGAGCAGUCCCAAUCGCUUCAAGCAGCUAUACAGGAGCCGCAUGAACGCUAUUGAGCUGACUGAGGAGGAGAGGGUGGCUGUUCUGAAGGAGGCAGUUCUAGCCUUUGAGUUUAACACUCAGGUUUUUGAUGACUUGCAGAAACUCUUGUGUGUCGCAACAGGACAACCUGAGACCAACUCUGAGAGUUUCCCCUUUGCUCCACUCAAGCGUUUCACUGUGGGCCUUUGUGUCACACUGGCUACUAUUGGAAUUGGAAUGUAUGUCAUGUAAUAUCAUGUACCACCAUCCUGUGAACGUACAGCACUUUAGUAUAUCCCUUUAGCUAAUGCAACACCUCUUUUAGAAAACAGAACCUAACUGGAAUGUUCUGUGAAAAUGUUAGCAUUUGCAUUGGAUCAACCCACCUCUUGUAUAGAAUUACCUUCUACGAUAAAUCAUAAUACUGAUUAUGAUUCCUUUGUAUUUAUUUGUACAAACUAUAGAAACAAAAUAAAAACUGGCUGGUGGUAACAUUAAUUUUCCUGGAUUUUAGCGGCGGGGUUGCUGCACACCACACAAAUGGAAGUAUGAUGGGAAAGUUCUUCAUAAGGACAUAGUAGUAGUCAGAAUGCAGAGAACAUAUUUCCAAAUAGUGGCAAUUUUACUCUCAAGCCACCACCAAUUCCUCAGUUCUAAAGGCCUUAUCAGCUUGACUAAUUCGUUAUCAAAACUUCACAACUUAAUACGCCGAUUACACAAUUUUUUUAAAUUUCAUGUUUCAUUAAAAUAUUAUAGCAUAUAUGCAAAUGCAACAUUGCACACAUUGUUUAACUCAGAUUGCUGCAUUUCAAGCUACCGAUUAUAUAUGCGACUAUAUAAACUGUUCCCACACAAAGUACUUGUUGAUAUAUGAAUGGCACUAGGCUAGCCUAUAAAUCGUGGCAUUAAGACAUGGUGGAAAAGUAAUGUUUUUAGUCCGUAAAUUAUGGUAAUUCAAUAAUUGUAUUUUGAAGGAAAAGUUGUCCUAAAUUUGAGAGGUUAACCUUUAUGCACAAAUAUGGAAAAUGACAGCCUACUGUACUGACACAAACGAUUGUAUUAACAUUUAUAAAUAUUUAACUCACUGCCUUUGACAGCGAUUGACAUCCAAUCCAUUUUAAGUUAACAUUCGUUCAGUCACUGCCACCCUGCCAGUUCAAAUGGACUGAAUGUCCACUAAUGACAAAUUUCAACCUGGAUUUUAACAAACACUGCAUGAACACUAUAAACUCAUCUUCAAAGGGGGUGUAACAACAGACAUUUGCCAUGACAAAAUUUUAUUACGACUUCUUGUACUUCCAUUCUUUACAUGACAUGCAAGUAUGUGGAAAAAAAUGUGCUGCAAAAACAUUAACAACUUUUGUUUUAAGUGUACGUCAAUUUACCAGCGUAGGUGAUCACAAAGGGCAAACGUGAGGACCAACUUCCAAAUACAAAGACCAAAACUUCUCAAAAUAUUAUUAGUGACAGUUCAGAAACACAAUCACCUAUUUUACUCUGUAGAGUACUUUUCGCUGCAUGCGGUGCUGAAGCUCACCCCUCCUCAACAUCAGGUGUAGGACUUUGUAGAUGGCAUGAUCGGGAUAUUUCUGCAAAGUGGACCAUAAUGAUAAAUUUAAAAAUAAUUAACUUAAUAAGUUAUUGCUUACACUAAACUAGUGCUGUACGAUAUGGACAAAAAAAUAAACACUAUACGGGCCACUCUAUAUCAUGUUAUCAAUAUGCUAUGAUAUAUGGUGAAAUAUCAAGUAUACACAAGCAGCACAGUAACAUACAAAAUGCUGGUCAAAUAGAAAGAUAUCCAAUUAAUUAACAAUACUUGUGAGUGGUUUUGACUUAAGACUAGGGCUGUCAAAAUUAUCGCGUUAACAGGCGGUAAUUAAUUUUUUAAAUUAAUCACGUUAAAAUAUUUGAUGCUCAAGCAGAUUAAAAUGACAGCACAGUGUCAUGUGCACUAGUUACUUGUGUUUUUUUGUGUUUUGUCGCCCUCUGUUGGCGCUUGAUUGUGACUGGAG